AUGCGUGUUCUUAAUCUUUCAACCACCGCUGCCUUAUAUGGUGUUCUUUCAGCGACGUUAGCUGGAAGCCAGAUUGUAGUUCCUACAAUUCAAGGGUUUCAGCCAACAAUCGACGAUUGGAAGGCUGCACGCGCCAAGGCAGAUGCAUUUGUUGGCAAAUUGACGCUCGAUGAGAAGCUGGCUAUGGUCAGGGGCAAUGCUUCGGCUGGCUUCUGUAGUGGGACAAUUGCAGCUAUCGAGAGACUGGAUUUUCCAGGAGUUUGCAUGGAAGAUGGUCCUAAUGGAGUGAAUUACAACGAUAAAGUUAACGUCUUUCCUUCUGGUGUUACGGUCGCGGCGACUUGGGACACUGAGUUCAUGUAUCAGCGUGGCCUCGCUCUCGGUGCCGAAUUUAGGGACAAGGGCAUCAAUGUCAUGCUAGGACCGGUUGGAGGGCCUCUGGGCCGCAGCCCGUACGAUGGCCGUACCUGGGAAGGCUUUUCUCCGGACCCGUACUUGACAGGAUUGGCGAUGCAGGCUACGAUACAAGGGGUCCAGGAAAACGGCGUUCAGACCACUGCAAAACAUUUCAUUGGUAACGAGCAGGAAACCCAACGAAGCAAUACCACUCUCUCAAAUGGAACUCAGGUCGCAGCUAUAUCCUCUAAUAUUGGAGACCGGGCAUUGCACGAGCUGUAUCUCUGGCCGUUCGCAAAUGCCGUGAAGGCAGGAACAAGCGCAGUCAUGUGCUCGUAUAACCGGCUCAACGAAACCUACGCGUGUGAGAAUUCUGAUGCCCUAAUCAGUAUUCUGAAGACGGAACUAGGAUUUGAGGGAUACGUUGUUUCUGAUUGGGGUGCUACGCACUCAGCCGCGCCGUCUGCCAACGGCGGUCUGGACCUAGAAAUGCCAGGUUAUACUGGAACGACAGAGGUCUCUACAUGGUUUAUACCUUACCUCCCCCAAGCCAUUGCAGAUGGGUCCGUCUCCAUCGACCGCCUGGACGACAUGGUAGGUCGUAUCAUGACCCCGUAUUACCUCUUGAACCAAGACGCUGGUCAUCUCACACCUGACGAAUCGAUGAUCUAUAUGUUGCUAGUAGCUACUAAUGGACUGCCGGGAGCUGAGCAGCUUUCCAGCCUGGUGGGUGUACCUUGGCAAAAUAUCGCCGCACGAGAUGUCAGAGGCAUUCACGGUGCCAUUAUUCGCGAGAUCGGUGCUGAGGCGACAGUUCUCCUGAAAAAUGAAGGCAGUAUUCUGCCACUCGGCUCGUAUAAUGAAAUCGGUGUCUUCGGAUCCUCUGCAGCGGAUUUUGUAGACGGUCUUGCGUACUGGGAUAUGGGAAUAGAUUACGGUCCCCAAAUUGGUCCUAUUGCCGUUGGUGGUGGUUCCGGAUCAGUUCGCUUUACCACUGUCUCUGCUCCACUUGAUGCUAUAAAAGCUCAAGCUUCCACAAAAGGCGCGCGUGUUCAAUAUCUCACCAAUAAUACCGCCAUCGCUGCCAAUGACAUCACCUUCUACCCUGUUCCAGAGAUCUGCAUCGUCUUCAUUUCCCAAUUUGCGACCGAGGCCUCUGAUCGUGAUAGUCUCCUUGCUAGUGACAACAGCACCGCUGUAGUAGAAAAUGUUGCUUCUCUGUGCAACAAUACAAUUGUCGUGAUCAAUGCACCAGGGCCACUGGUAUUGCCUUGGGUGGAGAAUCCCAACGUUAAGGCUAUCCUCGCGGCUCACUUUCCCGGUGAUCAGAUUGGCAACUCCAUCGUCGACGUCCUUUGGGGCAAUACAGAACCCAGUGGCCGCUUACCAUACACAAUCCCAGCGAAAACCUCAGAUCCAGAUAUUAUUCCUGUAGUCAGGGAACCGGGACCAGAUGGCUGGCAGUCCACGUUCACGGAGGGUCUAUUCAUUGAUUACCGAGCGUACGAUGCUAACAGGUCUGAGCCAGCGUACGAAUUUGGAUUCGGUCUUGGUUACACGACUUUCAAUAUAACCGGAGAGCUAGCAGCUAGAACUACAGCAUUUAAUCCCACAGCAACACCCGCUAAUUCGGCUAUAGCGCCAGGGGGCAAUCCUAGCUUGUGGGACGAGAUCGUUUCUGUCAAAGCCACGAUACUCAAUGUGGGCAAGGCCACUGGCAAAGCUGUCCCUCAACUAUACUUAGAGUUUCCUGAAUCAUCGCCAGAAGGUACGCCUGUCCGAGUUUUGAGAGGAUUUGCAAAAUUGCAGCUGGAUCCUGGAAAAGAAGGUGACGUGCAGUUCUCACUAAUGAGAAGAGAUCUCAGCUACUGGGAUAUACAUGAACAGCAGUGGGUGAUCCCGACUGGAGCUUUCACCGUCAAUGUAGGCUUCAGCUCCAGAGACCUCAGGGCAUCCACUCAGGUGACUGUUUUGAAGUGA